AUCUUUGGUAACAUUAUAAAUGUCUUUACUGUCACUUUUUACCAAUUUAAUGCAUCCUUGCUGAAUAAAAGUAUUAAUUUCCUUAAAAAAAAAAAUAAACAAAACACUGUGUACUUGAAGCAUACAAGCCACUUCAAAGUACUGAUCUCGCAAAAAAUCUUUUAUGUGUGCAUAUUUGGUUGGCUGUGUGGGUGAGUGAGACAACUUCCUAUUUUAACCACCAGCACUUCAAGUAAGUUCCUGUAGAGUUCCUGUGCUUUUUGUCUAAUCAUGUCUAAUGGUGAGAAGAUGAUCUAUACUUCUCUGGAGGUGCUCAUCGCUGUAGGAUGCUGCCUGGGGAACAUGCUGGUGAUCUGGGCCGUGUGGUCGUGUCGUGCCCUGAGUCAGACAACAUUCUGUUUCGUUGUGUCGCUGGCGGUGGCUGAUUUUCUAGUGGGGCUGGUGGCUGUGCCUUUUGCAGUGGUAGUUGAUGGACGUUUGAAGACUAGUUUCCACUGCUGCCUCUUCAUUAGCUGUGUGGUCAUUGUGUUGACCCAGGCCUCCGUUCACUCCCUGCUGGCCAUCGCUGUGGACCGAUUCCUGCGUGUUUAUAACCCUCUCAGGUACAGAGGAGCAGUCAAAAAGAACCACUUGUGGGCCGCGGUCACUGUAUGUUGGCUCUCUGCUUUUAUACUAGGCCUCAUCCCCAUGCUCGGAUGGCACAACGAAGACACCACAACAAGAGAAAACUCCACUAUUACAUGUAAUUUCAUCACAGUUAUACCCAUGUCCUUCAUGGUUAACUUCAACUUCCUCGCUUGCAUCUUGCUACCCACCGUCAUCAUGAUGGCCCUCUACUUGUUACUCUUUAAUAUGAUAUCCAAGCAGCUGAGAAAAGGAGUCGGACGCAACGCGGAGCCCAAGUCAUUUUACCACAAGGAACGGAGACUGGCCAAUUCUCUGGCUUUGGUGCUGGUUCUGUUUGCAGUUUGUUGGCUCCCACUGCACAUAAUGAACACACUGGAGUAUUACAAGAUUGCAAAAGUGCCCACUGUCGCCUUCCACAUUGGCAUCCUCCUCUCUCACGCCAACUCCGCAGUUAACCCCAUAGUGUAUGCUUUUAAGAUCCCUAAAAUUAAGAUGGCAUAUAAAAAUAUCUUGAUGAAGCUGACAAGCACAGAGCUGAAUCAGAGCAGCCAGACUUUGGAUAAUAAUGCCAGCAGCAACUCAAACAGCACCGCCAGGUGUACCAUGAAAUUAAACCCACAGGUAGUUUUAGCCAACAAUCAGGACGAUUAGCAUGAGUCUGUUCUCAUGCACAAUAAGUAGGGGAGACCAGGGCUAGAACUAGAGACAAAAAUUAAAUUACACAAAUGUGCAAUUUCUCCAGUAGUGGUUUUAUGUUAGUUUCAAAUGCCUAGUUCUUAAAUUAGAGAAAAAAAAAAAGAAAAAAGGCUGAAUUUUAAUGUCCAACCUACAGCGGACAACUGUUCUGGGAAAAAAAAUAAAAAAUAAAAAUCAUUUUUACCUACAGGUAAAAUGAUUUUUAAAAAUAACUUUUAAAGACAGACCUGUUGUAAGCGCUGUAACCAUCCCUUUGCAUUAUUUCAACUUAUUUUUAUCCACCAAUUAGAGUUGCAGAGAGCAAAUUGUGCCAAACGAACUCUGCAUGAAAUGCCCACUCCCACGAAGGACCACAAAUGACGUAACUGAGUCGGUCUCGCUAUGCUGUCAAAAUACAGAUACUAGUGUUUAUAACCCUCUUAGGUCUGAACAUUUAAUAGUUUUUUUUGCAAUUCAUAAUGAUCAAGCUUGAUUUAUGAUAUAUUUGCUAUUAUAUAUGUGAAUAUGUUGUAAUUUUAUACAAUUUAUUAGUAACAAUUUCUACUGGAUAUAUAUUUUUGUACAUUUAUUUGUUUUGUGUUUUACUGUACAAAUUUUGCUGAAAGCCUAUAUAAAGGGUUAGUUCACCCAAAAAUGAAAAUAAUGUCAUUUAUUACUCACUCUCAUGUCAUUCCACACUGGUGAGACCUUCGUUCAUCUUCAGAAAAACAAACUAAGAUAUUUUCGAAUCAG